GGAGGAGGAGGAGGACAGGCGCGUCGUUCUCGUGUGGUGGUUUUGUUUCACGUUGAGGAAGAAAGCGGCCGAUCACCUCGCUCUCUUCACCGGAUUGUAUUUAUUGUCUCCCCGCAGAAUGUGUACGCCGUGCUGCAUCUCGCAGCUGGCCUGCUGCUGCGGCUCAGCGGCCUGCUCGUGCUGCUGUAACUGCUGCCCCAAGAUCAAACAGUCCACAGGGACCCGAAUCAUGUACGCCCUCUACUUCCUGCUGGUCACCAUCAUCUGUGUCAUCAUGAUGUCCCCCACUGUGGAGCAGGAGUUCAGAGACCAUAUUCCCUUCUACAAGGAGUUGUGUGAGAAGAUGAAUGCAGGGGAUAACUGCAAAACUCUGGUUGGCUACUCUGCCGUCUACAAGGUGUGCUUCGGCAUGGCCUGCUUCUUCUUAUUUUUCGCUCUCUUCACCAUUCGCAUCAACAACAGCACAGGAUGGAGGGCGGCCGUGCACAACGGGUUCUGGUUGGUGAAGUUUGUUGUGCUGGUGGCAUGCUGCGCUGGAGGCUUCUUCCUCCCGGAGGAGGAAACUUUUCUGGAAGUGUGGCGCUACUUAGCAGCAGCUGGCGGGUCCGUUUUCCUGCUGAUCCAGCUCAUGCUGUUGGUGGAGUUUGCACAUAGAUGGAACACAAACUGGAGUUCAGGAGUUGAGUAUAAUCGUAUGUGGUACGCAGCUUUGGCCUUCGUGACUCUGAUGCUGUUCAGCGGUGCCGUAGCGGCCUUGGUCUUCAUGGGUGUGUUCUACACUGACUCCGAGGCCUGUUUACUUAACAAGGUCUUCCUGGGCAUCAACGGCAGCCUGUGCCUCAUUGUCUCCCUGUUGGCCAUCUCCCCAUUCAUACAAAAACUGCAGCCCAAGUCAGGCCUGCUGCAGCCAGGAGUCAUCAGUGUGUACGUCAUGUACCUCACCUUCUCAGCCUUCUCCAGCAAACCAAAAGAAAUUGUGGAAAGAGAUGGUAAGAACACCACUGUGUGUGUGUUUCCCUUCGACUCUGGGACGGAAAGUGACAAGAGGAUUGUCACCGCUGUUGGAACCGCUAUACUUUUUUGCUGCAUCCUUUACUCUUGCCUGACGUCCACCACCAGGCGAAGCUCUGCAGCGCUCAGAGUGUGUAGGAACAGCGAGCCAGAGAUUGAGAGAGCUCGCUGCUGUUUCUGUUUUGGAGAUGACACGGAUGACUAUGAUGAGAAGAACACUGGUGGAGGCCAAGACGUGAUGUAUGAUGAGAGAGAAGGAACCAUCUACAGCUACUCCUACUUCCAUUCUGUCUUCUUCCUGGGAUCCCUCUAUGUCAUGAUGACCGUCACCAACUGGUUCCAUUAUGAUGGCCAUAAGAUUGAGAAGCUGUUAGACGGGAGCUGGUCAGUGUUCUGGCUCAAGAUGGUCUCCUGCUGGGUCUGUCUCAUCCUCUACAUGUGGACCCUCGUCGCCCCAAUGGUCUGCCCAAAGCGCUUUGAGGCCUAAGUGCCCCGCCACUAAACUAGAGUCAGGCUACUCUGAUUCUUGGGACAUGGCCAGGCAGACGCUCUCACGCUGAGCCAAGGGACCACCACCCCCACCCCCUCUUACCCUGAAACACAACCCUACACUACCCUCAGCAUUCAAAUGGAGGAGUAUCUGUUGCCUUUUGUUUUAUAUGCUAGUGUUUUACUUUGUUUUACAAUGUUAAUACCUUGAUGGUAAAUUUGUUAUCUUUUACUACCACUUACUCAUGGAGUUUCUGUAUUGCUUACAGAUUUGAAAUUACACAAAGAAUCAUGGGAGUUGAGUUACAUUGUGAAACACGAGAAUCAUCCAGCCCCUAUAAAUUCCUUCAUAAUUUCAGAUUUUAAAGUGUAUUUUGGAAGUAUUGCCAGUGUGUGUCAGUUUUUCUUCUCACUUUUACUCUCAGCCAGACAUUUCAGUUCUGUGCAGUUGGACCAUAAAGUUGUAGCAAAGUUUUGGGACAAAUGUAUUUCAGGUUAGACAUGUUACCAGAGAAUAUGUAUUUAUUUAAGUGUGUCUUAAGUAAUCAGAAAUCAUUUUAUGAAGGAAUGUUGUGUGAAUUGAAUUAGAUUUGUCCCUGGCUCUGUUUAAGAACUCAUCUCUCAGGCUCACAUGUAAGCUGUUUAUGUUUGUGCUUUGUUAUAUUGCUCUCUUUUGUAGACGUUUUCUAUGCAACAGAACAAGCCCCUUUUCGAUAUUCUACCCAGUGUUGUGAAGUUUCCACUUAGAUUACAAGGAUGUUUCAGACUUUAUUAAUGUCAGUGCUCCCUUUGAGCCAGAUUUUUCUUAGGUAAAUCCAUGUCAUCUGUACAACAUUUCCAGCCAUCAUUAUUGUUGUACAGGGCAGUGCUCUUCAAAUCAACCUGCCUUACGUAAGAGUGACGUUGGUGGAGUGCCGCGGCCGCCUCUCUGGAAGAGCUGCAGUGUCACAGAUGAGGAAUGUUUGCCAAAGGUAGAUGUCAGAAAACUAUAAACUACUCUAUCAGAUUUGUUUGGUCAGUAAUCGAGAAAAAUAUAACUGAGAACAUUAUGUAUUUGCAUGCAUACACAAACACGUAAAUCAGCUGUUUUCUGUACAGUUAUAAAGGCUUUUGUUACAUUUGUCAGCUCCUACUGGUGGUCAGAAUAAGGUAGCAUGAUUGCGUUUAUUAGCAAGUUAUUCAACACUGGAUGUUGAGUUUACUGGCGAAUUAAAAUUCACAGAAAAACCAUCACCUGUAUGCCUGUGUAACAGAUUUUUUGUAUUGUUAAAAAAAUACCAAUUUAUCGCACAUUGUCAACUGCAAGUCAUUUUUGUUUCUCAUUCUUCAAUAAAUCAGCAUGUCCUUUUUGUUUGAUCGUAUUACUAACAUGCUUAAUGUGCA